AUGUUGGACAAAGGCGCGACAAGCGCGAAACCACCCUCCCCUAUGGCGCCCGGUUUGAAGUUACAAGAACACGAGAACGAGAUUCUCAGGCGCCAAAUAGACACUUCGGAAUCGCAGAUGAGUCGUUUGGGGCUUUUGUAUUCAUGUGCAACAAAGUACGAACUAUUUGUCUUGGUCAUCAGCUCAAUAGCAGCUAUAACUGGAGGGGCCCUUCAACCCAUAUCGUUUCUCUUUUUAGGUGGAUUGGCCCAAGCAUUCAAGGAGUUCUUCCUCGGAACGGCUUCUGGCUCUCACCUCUCAUCUCUGGUUGCAAGAUUUGCCCUGUAUUAUGUAUACAUCGCCAUUGGACAGUUUAUUUCAGUGUACAUCUCGACAGCCGGAUUCAUGAUAGGAGGAGAGAAUAUAACCCAACGACUCCGAGAGAGAUAUCUCGCCGCUAUCCUCCGCCAAAACAUAGCAUUUUUUGAUGUCCUUGGAGCUGGAGAAAUAACAACCAGGAUUACGGCUGAUAUGAAUCUGAUCCAAGAUUCUUUGACAGGCAAACUUUCUCUGACUCUGUACUCAUGUUCCAAUUUCGGGACAGCUUUUAUCAUCAGCUUCGUGAAAAGCUGGCGCAUGGCUUUGAUUCUGAUAUCUGCAAUUGUGGCAGAAACGGGAUCCAUGAGUAUAUGCUCGUCGUUUAUGGUCAAGUAUACGCACAUGUCUCUGUCAGCAUAUGCAGACGGAUCGACAGCUGCCGAGGAGGCCAUCAGUUCAAUCAAGCAUGUUACUGCAUUUGGAAUCCAAGACAGGCUGGCCGAUCGGUAUCAGAAAUUUCUCACUAAGGCAGAGGCUUAUGGUCUGAAGAGUCGUAUUGCUCUUGCGGUCAUGAUGGCCAUCAUGAAUGGCGUUAUAUUCCUGACCUACGGACUCACAUUCUGGCAAGGAUCUCGUUAUCUUGUUGUUGGAGAUAUUGAACUGGGAGCUCUUAUAACCAUUCUUCUUGCUACGCUGACUGGAGCGUUCACGUUUGGUAACAUCGCACCUAAUUUCCAAGCGUUCGCAACUGGCGUGGCAGCAACAGGAAAGAUCCUUGCAACCGUGUCCAGGCAUUCACCGCUGGAUCCAUCAUCCUCCAUAGGAAGCAGUCUACAAGCUGUGUCUGGGACGAUAGAAUUCAAGAACAUUCGCCAUGUUUACCCUUCUAGGCCAGACGUACUGACUUUAGAUGGAGUAAAUCUUGUAUUUACAGCUGGGAAGACGACCGCGAUUGUGGGUGCUUCUGGCUGUGGGAAAAGCACGUUGGCAGGUCUGAUUGAAAGGUUUUACGAACCAAUCAGUGGUGAAAUAUUACUCGAUGACCACGACAUCACGUCUCUAAAUCUGCAAUGGUUACGCCGACAGAUAGCGAUCGUCACACAAGAGCCCACACUCUUCGCCACAACUGUAUUUGAAAAUAUUAGAUUUGGGCUCACAGGUACUGAACACGAAAAUUCUCCUCACAAUGUGGUAGAAAGCCUUGUGUUUGAUGCAGCAAAGAAAGCCAACUGUUUUGAGUUCAUUUCUGCGUUGCCGGACGGAUUUCACACCAGUGUUGGUGAAAGGGGCUCAUUGCUUUCGGGUGGACAAAAGCAGCGAAUUGCCAUUGCAAGGGCUAUUAUUAGCAAUCCGAAGGUCUUGCUACUGGAUGAGGCUACUUCAGCUCUAGAUGCCCAGGCGGAGCGGCUGGUACAGGCAGCGCUUGAUGUUGCUGCCAAAGGUCGGACAACGAUCACAAUAAGUCACCGACUAUCCACUAUCAUGGCGGCAGAAAACAUUGUUGUCAUGUCUCACGGACGCGUGGUUGAGCAAGGAACCCACAACGACCUACUUGAGAAACGAAAAACGUAUUACGAGUUAGUGGAGAAGCAGCGCAUGUCAACCGAAAGGGGUAUCGUCAUUAGUGAAGCAAAGUCGGCUCUCUAUGCAGAUCCCGAGUUUCCCGACUUGAAAGGUGAGGGCAAUGAGUCCAAAAAGUACACAUGCGAGAUGGGAGAGUACCGGGGAGCCACAGACCUCAAGAAAGAUUCUGAAGCGGACUUUGGCGAACGUAAAUACUCCUUGUGGACUUUGAUAAAGUUCGUUGCCAACUUUAACAAGGAAGAAACGCUUACUAUGGUUUGGGGCCUGCUUUUUUCAAUCGUCACAGGGGCUGGAAAUCCCACGCAAGCUGUGCUUUACGGCAAAACAAUUGCGGCAAUGUCGUUACCUCCUAAUAUGUAUGGAAAGUUACGUCAGGAUGUCAACUUCUGGAGUGCGAUGUAUGUGAUGCUAGGAGGUACUGCAUUCCUGGGCUGGGGAGCAUCAGGUCUCUGUUUCGCCUACUGCUCGGAGCGCCUCAUUCAUCGUGCCAGAGAUCGUUCUUUCCGAGCAAUGCUCUAUCAGGAUAUUUUCAUGUUCGACAAAGCUGGGUUUUCUGCUGGUUCGCUCACAGCCUCACUGUCCACGGAUGCCACCAACCUUGCGGGAAUGAGUGGUGUGACACUGGGCUCUAUCUUCAUUGUCUCAACGACUUUGAUUGCUGGAAUUGCCAUUUCAAUUGCGAUAGGUUGGAAGCUAGGACUCGUUUGUACCGCAACCAUUCCAAUUGUUCUUUCUUGUGGUCUCGUCCGACUCAAGAUCCUCGGGGAAAUAGCUCGACAGUCGAAGGCAGUAUAUGCAGCUUCAGCAACCUAUGCAUGUGAAGCAAGCUCUGCCAUCAAGACGGUUGCAUCGUUAAAUCUCGAAAGCCAUGUACAGGAAGAGUAUCAUAAAAUAUUGGAAGCCCAGAGACAAAAAUCAGUCGUUUCAACGCUCAAGUCAUCAACCUUUUAUGCAGCCUCACAGUCAGCCAACUUCUUAUGCAUUGCGCUGGCCUUCUGGUAUGGAGGAAGUUUAAUAGUUCGUGAAGGCUAUUCUAUGGUGCAGUUCUUCAUCGCCUAUGCAGCUAUUGUGGUAGGCGCAUUCAGCGCCGGAGCUAUUUUUUCCUUUGCGCCAGAUAUGAGCAAAUCCCGCCAGGCGGCCCAGGACAUCAAAAGGUUGUUGGACCAACCUGUCAACAUUGAUGCCCGCCAAGAAACUGGUGACCUGUUAUUAACCAAAAUCGAUGGUAGCUUGGAGAUGCGGAAUAUCUAUUUCCGAUACCCCAACAGACCGGAGAGGGUGGUUGUUAACGGCCUAAGCUUGAGUGUUCAACCAGGACAAUACAUCGGUCUUGUAGGAGCGAGUGGUUGUGGGAAGAGCACCAUCAUUGCUUUGCUGGAGCGGUUCUUUGAUCCUGAAGUGGGUCAGAUAUUGGUUGAUGGGAAAGACAUUUCCAAGUUGAAUGUCCAAAGCUACAGGAGUCACCUUGCUCUAGUCAGUCAAGAGCCAACACUGUAUCAAGGAACCAUCAGGGAGAAUAUUACCCUGGGAACCAACGACGACGAUGUUUCCGAGGAGAAGAUCACCAAAGUAUGCAAGGAUGCCAAUAUCUAUGACUUCAUUCAAUCUCUGCCUGAAGGCUUCUCGACCCUCAUAGGGGCGAGGGGUGGUAUGCUCUCUGGCGGGCAGCAACAACGAAUAGCCAUUGCGCGAGCGCUUCUCCGUGAUCCACGUAUCCUCCUUUUAGAUGAGGCAACCUCUGCACUCGAUUCGGAGUCUGAAAAGAUCGUCCAGGAUGCUCUGAAUGCGGCGGCUCAAGGCCGAACAACAGUUGCCGUUGCGCAUCGAAUAAGCACGGUGCAGAAAGCCGAUUGUAUUUAUGUGUUGCAUGAAGGUAAUGUUGUGGAACAGGGGACGCAUAAACAGUUGAUGGAGCUGGGGGGAAGGUAUUUUGAGUUAGUGAGGUUACAGAGCUUGGAGAAGUCAGAUUAG